UAUGUUUGACAGUCUACAAUGAAAGAAUUACUAUCCAACAGAAAGAAAAUACCUAACAGUGUUGAGUGUAGCAACAGGAUGACACUGGAUUCUAACAGCCUUUUAAACUCAGUGCAGCUCUCUCCCCCUUUGGAGCUUGGGUGUUGUUGACAGUGUGUGCCCAGAAAUGUGAACCGGGACACUGCAGGAGUUAAAUUUUUAAACCUUCUCAUUGUUCUCUGAUGUAUAACAUUUCUUUUUUUCCCCUUCACAGGAAAUGACCUAGAGGCCUUACAAAUACAUUUGUGCAUUUUUGUUCUGAGUCUGCAAUUGAGGGCAAACGCAGUCUGGAAGCACCACUUCUUAAAGUUACAACGGAAACAACUACCUCAACAAACAGGGAAAGGGGAAGAAGGCUUGCAAUAACAAACACUCUAGUUUUUAAUAGCUUAUACUUGCAAAGUCUUCUGUAAGCAGUCCAAAUUUUUUUCCCCCUCCAAUAUUAAGAAGAGACACUACAAGUAAACUGAGUUGGCAGACUGGAUCUGUCAAGACAUUUGAAGAUAUUUGAUCUGCUGACAUAAGGAUUUGCUUUUUCAAGGAAAGAGCCUCUGCACUGCUUUUAUAAUCGCUGUUGAUCGGUGGUUUGCUCCACUUUUCCUGAUACCUACUAAUGGGAGAGUUGUAUUAAGGUAUUGCUUCUAAAACUAUUAUUUGCAUUGACAGAACUAACUUUUGUAGAUGCAACAGCAAUGGACGACGUUACGCUCGUGAAGAACUUGUAAGCGAUCGCUUCUCUGCUCCAGUUGGCUUUUCUGCCUGCGGAGGGGAUACCACACAAGAGACAGAGCAUUAUUAAGAUACUUGGGCUUGCUUUUUGAGUACAGUUUAUAACUGCAGCAGGGCUGCACCGAAUAUUGAAAACACAGAGUCAGCAAAUCUGCUGCCGUUCCCACUGCUGAUACAGAUUACACAGACGCUUGCCUUUCUGAAAUGCCUUUUGUGAAACCUAUGUACACAGUCCUGCACUGUUACUGUACAUAGAUACCCGAGGAAGGAAUUUGACAAGUGAUUGUUAAUUCAAGAACUCUCCGGACAAGCACUCACUUAUGUAUUGCUGCAGUGCACAAGAAAGCAAAAUGGACUAUAAGCGGCGCUUUUUGCUUGGCGGGUCCAAGCAGAAAGUGCAGCAACACCAGCAGUAUCAACUGCCCGAGCUGGGCAGGACCCUGAGCGCCCCGCUGGCAUCGGCCACCCCCAGCACCCCCCUGGUGUCCCCGGCUGCUGCGGGCGGCUGCUCCCACCCCGCCUCCCACACGACUCCGAUCGCAGACAUCCAGCAGGGAAUCUCCAAAUACCUGGAUGCACUCAACGUCUUUUGCCGUACGAGCACUUUCCUCACAGACCUUUUCAGCAGCGUGUUCAGGAACUCGCACUACUCUAAGGCAGCUAUGCAACUGAAAGACGUGCAGGAACAUGUCAUGGAAGCGGCGAGUCGACUCACAGCAGCAAUAAAACCAGAAAUAGCAAAAAUGCUGAUGGAACUGAGUGCAGGAGCUGCAAACUUCAAAGAUCAAAAAGAGUUCAGCCUACAAGACAUUGAAGUACUUGGGCGAUGUUUCUUGACAGUGAUGCAGGUCCACUUCCAAUUCCUGUCACAAGCUUUGCAGAAGGUCCAGCCAGUGGCACACUCCUGCUUUGCUGAAGCUGUAGCUCAGGAGAGGAAGAACAUUAGUGGGACUGGAACCUCAAAUAUAAGCCCCACAAAUGAGCUGGAAGAUGCAAUAAGAUCAUGGAGAGGAGCAGCAGAGGCCACAUCUCGACUGCGAGAAAGAGGCUGUGAUGGAUGUUUGGCAGGAAUUGAAGUUCAGCAGCUUUUCUGCUCACAGAGUGUGGCCAUCCCUGAACAUCAGCUCAAAGAGCUAAACAUGAAAAUUGACAGUGCUUUGCAGGCUUACAAAGUGGCUCUGGAGAGCUUGGGUCAUUGUGAAUAUGCAAUGAAGGCUGGCUUCCACUUGAACCCAAAAGCAAUUGAAGCAAGUCUUCAGGGCUGCUGCAGUGAAGCUGAAGCUCAGCAAACAGGAAGGAGACAGACUCCACCUCAGCCUAUUCAGUGUGAGCUGCCCACUGUCCCUGUCCAGAUUGGAUCCCAUUUUCUGAAAGGAAUCUCCUUCAAUGAGUCUGCAGCAGAAAACCUGAAGCUGAAAACGCACACAAUGCUGCAGUUGAUCAAGGAAGCCGGAUGCCAUAAUGGACUCACACCCCGGGACGACUCUCCCGUGACUGAAGUGCUGAACCAGGUCUGCCCUUCCACAUGGAGAGGAGCCUGCAAAACUGCUGUGCAGCUGUUGUUUGGCCAGGCUGGACUGGUGGUUGUGGACACGGCACAGAUUGAAAAUAAAGAAGCCUAUGCUCCUCAGAUAAGUUUAGAAGGAUCCAGAAUUGUGGUGCAAGUUCCAUCAACAUGGUGUCUGAAAGAAGAUCCAGCAACAAUGUCUUUGCUACAGAGGAGUCUGGAUCCGGAGAAGACUUUGGGGCUGGUAGAUGUGCUGUAUACUGCUGUGUUUGAUACACACAGGUGGAAGGAAGGAAGAGAGCAAGCUUUGCCUUGUAUUCAGAUCCAGUUACAGCGUGAAAUCUCAGAAUUUGGGAGCCAAGUUGACAUGCCAUCGGGGAAUGGAAGCAAAUCUUCAGGGGGUCUGCAAAAGACAUUCUCAAAACUGACUUCACGGUUUACAAAAAAAACCUCCUGCACUAGUACAAGUAACACAGGAAGUUACUCAAUCCCCAAUACACCUUCCAAAAACGUCUUCAUAAGUUCCAGCUCAGAGGAGAAAGCUAAAAUGCCCACUACCAUGGACGCACGGUUGCAGAACAUCCUGAACAUUGGUAACUUACCUCGGAGCGCAGAUGCCCUGCAGCCAGUGCAGAGCACAAAUAACCAGCUCGUCAAUGGGUUCCUAGUGGAAAGGCGGGACAGCUUCUUCAAACCAGAUGAUGGCAAGGAUGACAAAGGUAUGAAUUUACCAACUGACCAAGAAAUGCAAGAUGUUAUAGAUUUCUUGUCUGGUUUUAACAUGGGCAAAUCCCAGCAGACUUCUCCGAUGGUGAAAAGAAGGAACUCUGUUGCAUCCUCUACAGCAGCAGAACAAAAGUCAGGAGCAGUUCAACAGCAGCCGCAGUCUGUGUCUCACACCCCACUGCAUCCUCCUCAGCAAGGCUUGUCCCAGCAGCAGUCCCAAAAGCAGCAGCAGCAAAUGCAGUAUUACCAACACUUGCUUCAACCUAUUGGACCACAGCAACGUGUACCUGCCAAAUGGCUCAGUAAUUCUUCACAGCAGCAAGCUCCGGCUGUUGGGGCUGGAUUGUCUCAUAUAAAUCAAUGGAACAAUCCUGGUUUUUCAGAUUUAAGCUCUGAUUUGUACAGCUUGGGUCUUGUGAGCAGCUAUAUGGACAAUAUGAUGGCAGAGAUGUUAGGACAGAAACCACAAGGACCUAGAAACAACACAUGGCCAAAUCGUGACCAAACUGAUGGAGUGUUUGGAAUGUUGGGAGAAAUCCUGCCUUUUGACCCUGCAGUUGGCUCUGAUCCAGAGUUUGCCCGCUAUGUUGCUGGGGUGAACCAGGCUAUGCAACAGAAGAGGCAAGCACAGCACGUCCGUCGUCCAAGCACCACGCGUGGCAACUGGCCUCUUCCCGAUGAUCCUCACAAAACCUGGCCCUUUCCCGAGUAUUUCACAGAGGGUGAUGUGACAAACAGCUGGUCUGGUACUCAAGGAGACUCUGCCAGCUCAAGUGAUGAGACCUCCUCAGCUAACGGAGACAGUUUGUUCUCCAUGUUCUCAGGGCCAGACCUUGUUGCUGCUGUAAAGCAGAGGAGAAAACACAGCAGUGGUGAACAGGAACCCAGCACGCUGCCAUCGCCCCCACUUCUCUCUGCAGCAGAUGACCGCAGUCAGGAUAACAAGACCAAAACCUGGCCUCCCAAGGCCCCGUGGCAGCACACAUCCUCUGUGCCGAGCACGCUGCCCAGCCAGAGCACGUCCCUGUACCCCAUGAGCAGCUCCGUGAGCCAGUGGAGCGACACCAUGCAGAUGCUCCAGUCGCCCAUGUGGGCCAGCGACUGCGCCCCGGCAGCCGGCCUCUCCUCCAGCUUUGCCUACGCGCAGCAGCAGCAAUCCCAACAGGCUUCCCAGCACAAACAGAUGAACAAGGGCUUUAAAUCUUUCCCAGUGAAGCACGAAUGCAGACCAUCGUACCUGCACCAGUACUAACUGCUUUUUGUACUGGAAAAUGCAGCACAGGGCCAAAUGAAAAUUACAUUACUUUGAUUCACAGUGCUGUGUUGGCUGUAUCCUGUUUCUCUCUUGAUGUGGGAUUGAGGGGCUUUGGGUGAGAUAGACAAACUCUCGGAUUCUGAGUUACAGUGCUGAGCAAAUAUGGCCAAUAUGUUUGGUGUAUAUGAAACAGCCCAAAACUGUGAUGUAGAAAUGCUUUUAAAAAUGCAUAAUUGCCUUUACUUUCAAGACAUUUUUUUUUCUAAAAAUAACUGCUGAAGGACUACCAUACAAGAAACACUGUAUUUUGUAGCUAUUUUUCAUAUAGAUUUAUAGUUAAAACAUCAUACUGAAACACAUUGAAUAUGUUGAAGCAAAUAUAUAGUGGUCACUUUGCUCAACACUGUUUGUGUUUAAAUUUAUAAAGGACAAGCUGUAGAACCUUUGUAUUCUCCAUUACAGCCCGUGGGCAGCUUUUUUAAAAUGAAGUGCAACAGCAGCUUUUCCUGUGCUACACAAGUGAGUUCAUUUGGGAACUGCUGCAGAAACAGUUGCAAAACUGAGUUUUGUGGCAGUUUCCUUACUGUAAGAUCAGCAGAACCACUCAGGCUUGUGUCGUCAACAUUACCUGAGCUGCCUGACAUAGAUGGCACCUGUGUGCACAGCGGGACCCUGGUUCUCACACACCUGUGUGCACAGCGGGACCCUGGUUCCAGACACCUGUGUGCACAGCGGGACCCUGGUUCUCACACACCUGUGUGCACAGCGGGACCCUGGUUCCAGACACCUGUGUGCACAGCAGGACCCUGGUUCUCACACACCUGUGUGCACAGCGGGACCCUGGUUCUCACACACCUGUGUGCACAGCGGGACCCUGGUUCUCACACACCUGUGUGCACAGCAGGACCCUGGUUCUCACACCUGUGUGCACAGCGGGACCCUGGUUCUCACACACCUGUGUGCACAGCAGGACCCUGGUUCUCACACCUGUGUGCACAGCGGGACCCUGGUUCCCACACACCUGUGUGCACAGCAGGACCCUGGUUCUCACACACCUGUGUGCACAGCGGGACCCUGGUUCCAGACACCUGUGUGCACAGCAGGACCCUGGUUCUCACACACCUGUGUGCACAGCAGGACCCUGGUUCUCACACACCUGUGUGCACAGCGGGACCCUGGUUCCCACACACCUGUGUGCACAGCGGGACCCUGGUUCCAGACACCUGUGUGCACAGCAGGACCCUGGUUCUCACACACCUGUGUGCACAGCAGGACCCUGGUUCUCACACCUGUGUGCACAGCAGGACCCUGGUUCCAGACACCUGUGUGCACAGUGGGACCCUGGUUCUCACACAAACCGUGUCCUGUGGCUGCAUUUAGCCAAAGGCAUUACCCACACGGUGCUCCCACAGUGUGUGAAAGCAAAGCCUAAGAGACUACUUGCAUUUAUUUAAAGUCUUAUUUCAGAUGCUACAGUUGAUUAAAAAUUGUGAGCUGGCUCAGAAGAUACUAAAACUGAAAUGUGGGGUAGCAGUUAGUUAAAAGAACAUUAUUUUUUUUAAAAGGAUAAAGUAAUUAUUUGCAGUCAAUAUGUGCCAUUAGGUGAACCUGUGGAAUUAGGAAUAAUCUUCCAACCAAAGUGGAUCGGGGCGAGUGACUGGUGCUUACAAAUUCAAGAACAGUGGUAAAUAUAUGUAUACCUAUCCCACUGUAUAUGAAUUGAGGUUACAGAAGAUUCUUUAUAUAGUUAGAGCUUAUUUAAAUUUUCAUAUUUCAUCUUUGAAAGAGUCUAAAAACCACAAUAUUUUCUGGUAUAAGAGUUUUGACAGUAUUAAUCUUAUUUUUAUAUUUUUCUUAAGUCAUAUCAUUCUAAUAUGUUAACUACUAGUAAAAUGGGUUAUUAGUUCUAACUACAUAAUUUUUCAAUGAAGAUAAAGCACAUUUUUUGGUUUUGGUUUUACAAACUAAGUACAUCUAUAUCUGAAGAUACCAAAAAAUAAAUACAUUAUAUAUAUAUAUAUAUAUAUAUACACACAUAUAUAAAUAAAAAGUAUACACAACACUAAAACUAUUGAACAUUUGGGUAUUUAAAACCCAUCCACCUUUUUUGUUUGUAUGGUGACGGGCUCUAUUUGCAGGCCCAGAUUGUUACCUUUUGUGCUGUUUGAGGAUGCCAAUGUUGCCUGUAUUUAUGAUAUUGUCACCAUGUUUUCUGAAACUUCAUACUUACCAUGUUUACAAAGAUUUGUUUGCUGUACAUAGACUUUUUACAGUAAUGUGCUUUGCACAAUCAGUGUGGCUUCUGUCUGUAAAUUGUUAAUGGUCUGUACUACUAUAAUUUUGAAAACCUUCCACUGAAAAUGUUAGUGGUUAUUUAACUUCAUGAAUGGUUUCGAGUUUCCUAAAUCUUGUUGUUUAGAUCUAAUAUUAAAUCCCAAAUUUGGUUGUACUUACUUGGUUAUUCAUACUAAGACCAAAAUGGAAGUUAAUGAAAUCAACUUAAUUUUGAACUUUUUUUCUAAUAAGUGCCAAAAUGAUUGCUAUAGUUUUUGCAGUUUAUUCAUAAUUACAAAUGCUGGCAAGUUUCUGGACCUACAUAAGUGAAUUGUGAAAACAAAGAAAGUUUGUCUGCAUUUUGACCACGUGGGUGCUACUCUGUCCUUUGCUUCCGAUUGUUCUGAACACUGGUAAUUUUAAGAAUUGUUGCACUUGGCAAAUGAGUCUUGCCCUUAAACUUCACUUACACUGCCAAGUGCAAGGGUUUGGUGCUUAGUUAACUUACCCUUAUUGCAGUGCUUCUUGUGAAUAGCUAACGCUUCUGAACUGGAACUGUACAGUUUGUAUUUUAAAGCUUCUGUAAAAGUAAACUAUUUGCUUUAUUAAAGAUAUACAUUUAAUAGGUCA